AUGGGCAUCCUCGACCGCUUCCGCCGCAAGGACAAGGGCGUCGCACUCGCCGACGACGAGAAGGGCUUUCGCUACGAGCAGGACCCGACGCGCGAGCCCAAGGAGCGACCCGCACCUGUCGCCAGCAAGCCCGUCAAGAGCGCACGGCGACGUUACAUCGGCAGCUAUGCGCCUCAUCCCGGCCUGAUUCGCGGCAUGCGCUUCCUCUUCUUCCUCCUCACGUCCCUGUCGGCGUUGACGACGGCGGCGCUGUGCCUGUCGGUGGUCGUCUACUACAACACGCACGGGCCCGUCAUCAAGCCGGCGUGGGGCUCGCUCAUCGCCGUCAUCGUCUUUGGCCUCGGCACGCCCGCCGUCCUGUUCGGCACCAUGUUCGUCACGCCCCGCCUGUUGCGGCGAGGGAGCGCGUUCGACAUCAUCAACCAGACGCGCAUGGAGCUCCUCCUCCUGUUCGCCGUCGCCGCCGUCUGGGUCUCGGGCGCUCUCGCACUCGCGUGUGACCUGCGCGGUCGCGAGAACUGCCUGUGGGACGGCUACUGGCACUACGCCAAGCCGUCCGACUUCAACGACGUGUGCGACCGCAUCAACUGGUCGGUCGCCCUCGCCUACACGACGUUCGGCCUCACGGCGGCGCAGAUGGCCGUCAUGUGGCUCCUCGCCACCUACAUCCUCCUCUGCCUCGACCAAGAUGUCCUCACCGAGCACGCCAACUCGAUGGGCUCGCGUGCGCACCUCGCUCGCCGUCGCGCCGUGCAGCAGCACCAGGUCCUGAACGCCGCUCGCCAGUCGGGCGUCUCGACGAUGGGGCCUCGGCGCUCGUCGCGCUCGUCGUCCUUUGCCGCCAUCGACGAGGAGAACGGCAACUCGGCGCCAGGGCCCAUGAGCGGCGGCGUCAUCGCCAGCCGCGUCCUGCCCUCGCCGACCACCGGCGCGCCUCGAGCUCUCGGCGCCGGGCCGAUGAUGGGCGGCGCGGCGCCUGCGAUCGCCGUGUCGGGUCCGGACCACCACAUCGAGCACCAGCGCAGCCGGUCGAUCGGCAGCAACGUGCGCUUCGCGAGCGACGAGGAGGCGUCGUCGAGGACGCCGCCCACGCCCGUCUCGUCGAGGACGCCGCCCAUGCCCGCCGCCGAGCAGAACCCGUUCGACGACGAGCGCGGCGGCUACUACGGCUUCGAGAGCGAGGAGGGUCUCGCGAGCGGGAGGGACAGGCACCUUCGUGCCUGA